CAUUCCGGUUUGCUUCAGCGUUCCAAAAAGUCAUAACCAAAAUGAAUUCUUCAACUGCUCUUAUGUGCUUUGCACUGCUGCUGAUUAGUCCUCUAUGCAUGGGCUAUUCCGACGAAGAUCGUGAGGCUGACAACCUUAGAAUUGCUGAAAUUAUCAAAAACGCCCAGGACGAUGACUCCAAAAUCAAUAGCACCCAGGAACUACUUGACAUCUAUAGGCGUUUAUAUCCCAGUUUGACCCCUGAGGAACGGGAGAGUAUCGAUAAGUUCGUCAACGAGCAUACGGAUGCCAUUAUAAUCGAUGGAGUUCCGAUUCAGGGAGGUCGAAAGGCGAGGAUCGUUGGAAAGAUUGUAUCUCCAGGUGUGAAGGGCCUUGCAACUGGAUUCUUUGAAGAAUUGGGUUCAAAGCUUGCUCAAUUAUUCACUGGUUAAUAUUGUUUUAAUAUUUGAGUGAAAGAAAGGAAACAACAAAGUGACAUAUAUAAGAAAGCUAAUUUAAUAUUGACAUGUAAUUAUUGCCACUUAACGUUUUGUAUACAACUUUUAAUUAAUAAUUUCAAAUAAAAUAUCAAUGCACAUU